GUCGUGAUUUCGGCUGCUACCAGCCUCAUAACGAUGCCUCAUCAAGAUCUCACAUGGAUGCAAGUAUACACCCGGAGUUGUUAUGCAUCACUUUCCAAACCCAGACAAAUUUCCUGAACGUUUCAAAGCUUGGGUAAAUCUUGUUGGAGGGAAACUGGAAACAUCAUCAGAUUAUCGAUAUUAUAAGAAGAAGAUGGUUUGUGACAUUCACUUCAUCGAUGAUCACAGAAACCGCUACAAACGCUUGAAUGCUUUGGCUGUACCAACUCUGCAUUUGCACGGAUCAUCUCAUACUCUGCAGAAUAUCCCUGCCACUACAGUCGCCACUGAGAAUGAAACCUGCCCAUCUCUUCCUACUACAGGAUCGUCUCAUACUCUGCAGAAUAUCCCUAGCACCAGCACACUCGCCACUGAGAAUCAACCCUGCCCAUCUCUUCCUACUACAGGAUCGUCUCAUACUCUGCAGAAUAUCCCUAGCACCAGCACACUCGCCACUGAGAAUCAACCCUGCUCUUCUCUUCCUACUACAGGACCAUCUGAUACUCUGCCGAAUAUCCCUAGCACUGUCGCCACUGGGAAUCAACCCUGCUCUUCUAUUCCUCUUACAAAAGAUGAAACCUACGCCGGUGUUAUUGCAUCUGCAAUAACAAGGGAGCACAAUUACAGCGUGAACUCAAAUCGAAAGAUAUUAAAAGGUGCUCAAAAACGAAAGCCGCUGUACCCUGAGCCAGCAAAAACAAAUCGACUCGAAAUAAGACGCCUGCAGUCCGAAAUAUGUCGAUUGCGUAAAAAAGGAGCUUCAUUUAAGCAACGUUUAGAAACAAAAGUUUAUUAUAUAUAUUAA